AUGACCACACAGUCGAUCAAUGCAGCCACCGUCAAUGGCGACAGAGACAACAAAUCCAUCUUCUCCACACCUCUCUCUGCUCGUGGUUCAACAAAACUUGACGCCAUCUCCAUCGAGGACUACGACCGUGAACGCCACCUUUAUCCCCGGCUUGGUUCUUCACAACAAACCCUAGUCAAAUCAGACUUCUCAAACUACGUUGAUCUUGAUGAAGAUGACGAUCUCAAGAUCCUCUGUUUCACACCAACCUCUAUGGGAAAGGGACAGUCCUCGUCGUCCUCAUCCACUAGACGAACCUUUGAUUGCGAGAUAUGUGUUGAACGCAAACCAAAGAUUGAAUCUUUUCGAAUCAAUGAAUGCUCUCACUCCUACUGUAAUGAUUGUGUCUCAAAGUAUAUAGCUGCUAGGUUACAAGACAACAUCCUCUCAAUCAAAUGCCCUGUUUCUGGUUGCCCCGGGCAGCUCGAGCCUGACCAAUGCCGUUUAAUCUUGCCGGGAGAGGUCUUUGAUCGUUGGGGCGACGCUCUCUGCGAAGCGGUGAUAACUGCCGGUUCGACUAGAUUCUACUGUCCGUAUAAAGAUUGUUCUGCUUUGGUCUACAUGGAUGAGAAGAUAAAAGAAUCAGAGUGCCCUCACUGCCAUAGAAUGGUAUGUGUAGAGUGUGGGACUAAGUGGCAUGCGGAGAUAACAUGUGAGGAGUUUCAGAAGUUAGGCGAGAACGAAAGAGAAAGAGAUGAUAUUUUGUUGAAGAAGAUGGCUGAGAGUAAGAAGUGGAAAAGAUGUCCUAAUUGCAAAUUCUACGUUCAAAAGACUAGGGGUUGCUCAACCGUGAUAUGCAGAUGUGGGUUGCCUUUUUGCUACAAGUGUGGAGCUCCUCUCAACCAACCCCAUUCUUGUCGUAGGACUAGGAGGCGUUGA